ACUGGUGAUAGGUCCCAACAGUUGAGAUCAGGUGUACAAAACCCUCGGAACUCUUUCGAAAGGGAGGCCAACCUUGGUUCGAACCUGGCACACAAUGGGUCUUGGGAUAAAGAAGCUAUGAAUUGGGGAGCGUAUUUUAGUACUUUGACAUUAAAUGAUGUGAAGCGUAAGGAUAUGUGGGAAAAACCAACUGUGGACUUGUCGGACCCAAUGUCUAAAAUUUUAGAGAGUAAACGUGAAAGAGCUAGAUUAGCAACACAAUGUUUUCCUAAAGCUAAGAAACUGAAACUAUCAUAUUAUUCUCAUCUGGAAUGGUCACCGGUUCAUACCUCUAUCUUUCAAAUAGGCAGUCUAGGUCCGCAAGUUCUAUUUGAAGGCUUGUGGGCUUUUCUUUCUCAAGCUGUGCAGACAACUCCACAGUUCUUACAACACUGGCAGAGUUUUAGCCCAAAUGCAGCCCUGCCAUCUCUGGGGCAACAAGAAAUAGUUAACUACACUUGGGAGGUGUUGAAAUUAGCAGAAGAAGGUCCGGA